CACUCUCUCUUUCUCUCUCUCCUCCCAUCCUUCGUCUUCCUCCACAUUUCUCUCUCUCUCUUCUCCCAAGAAAUAACACAAUUUCCCAGAUUCAAAGUUCUCUUUUUUCAACGUCUUCAAAGGGAUUAAGAAUCUAAGCAACCAUCUCUUAUCUUGCUUUGCUCUUUUUCUUCUUCUGGAAUAGAAUUUACACUAAUAAACUUCAGAGAAAAGCAAAAGAAGAAACACACUAAAAACAACAUCAAUUUUAACUUUCUCUUUGUUGUAUUUGAUCUAUCUCUCUUUCACUCACUUUAAAGUCUCCUCAGAGAUUCAAAAACAAAUCUUCCAGAAACUGCUCAAGUUUCUACUCUUUCAAAAGAUGAGAAUCCACUUCUCAUAAAAAGCGCCAACCAAUUUUAAUUUUCAACUCUCUUUCUCAUUCUUUUCUUAAAUUUCCGGCAAAGAUUUGAUACACUUUUUGUUUAACAAAUAAAAAUAUGGACCGGAAGAGAGGGUGCAAGAUCAGGAAGAGAGGUGGUUCUUCCUCAUCGUCAUCUUCUCUUGCUCGUCGAAACCGCUUCAAACGCGCAAUUUUCGCCGGGAAAAGAGCCGCUCAAGACGACGGUGGCUCAGGAACUCCGGUUAAGUCCAUCUCCGCCGCGAAAACCCCUGUACUCUUAUCUUUAUCGCCGGAAAAACCUUUUUCAAAUCAAUUUCAUAAACGCUGCGUGUCGGCGAGAAAGCUAGCGGCGACGCUGUGGGAGAUCAGCGACGGCACAGACCCUCCAGUCAAUUCCGACAGAGAUUGCUUGAGAAGCAAGAAACCUUUGAGAAACAGAGCGAAGAAACUAGCAGAGAUCUCUUCCAAUGAGUUUCCGCAAAAAUCAUCCGAUCCGAAAUCCCAUCUCGGAUCAGAGAGAAUGAUUCUCCGAGAAGAUAUAGUUCGUAGAAGAUCAAAAAUUCCUCAGAAACUACAACUAAUCGAAUACAAAACCACUGGCACAAACUCGCAGGUGAAAACUCGUUUCAAGAAUGUCAGUGAUGGUCUGAAAACGUCUAAAGAACUCGUGAAGGUUUUAAAACGGAUCGGUGAGCUCGGAGAUGAUCACAAGACAGCAACCAAUCGCUUGAUCUCUGCUCUGAUAUGCGAACUGGACAGAGCGAGAUCUUCUCUAAAGCAUCUGAUGAGUGAAUUUGAUGCGGAGGAGGAGGAGAAACAGAGGUUAAUAGAGAAGCUUCAAGAAGAGGCAGUGGUUGAGAGAAAGCUCCGGAAACGAACGGAGAAGAUGAACAGAAGAUUAGGGAGAGAGCUCGCGGAGGCUAAGGAAACAGAGAAGAAGAUGAGUGAGGAGAUGGAGAGAGAGAAGAGAGCAAAGGAUGUUCUUGAGGAGGUUUGUGAUGAGCUCGCUAGAGGAAUCGGAGAUGAUAAGAAGGAGAUGGAGAAAGAGAGAGAGAUGAUGCAUAUAGCUGAUGUCUUGAGGGAAGAGAGAGUUCAGAUGAAGCUUACGGAGGCAAAAUUCGAGUUCGAGGAAAAACACGCCGCCGUGGAGAGGCUGAAGAAGGAGCUCCGGCGAGUUGUGGAUGGUCAGGAGGGAAAAGGGUCGUCGGAGAUUCGUCGGAUCUUGGAGAUAAUCGAUGGUUCUGAUGAUGACGAGGAAAGUGAACUUAAGUCGAUUGAGUUGAAUAUGGAGAGUGGAAGUAAGUGGGGUUAUGUUGAAAGCCGGAGAGAUGGCGGGAAAGAAUCGAGAUUUGUUGGCUCCGGCGAUGAUGAUGAUGAUAAUGAUUCUGAUGAUCCUGUGGUGAAGAGAUCGGUGAUUGUUGAGAAUGGAGAGAGAGAUGAAUCUUUGAAGACUCUAAGAGAUUACAUUGUUUCGAAUGUGAGAUUAAUGGGUUCCUCGUCGUCGGAGCAGUGGAAUCAUCGGCAUGUACCUAGCUCAGAGUUUGUGUAAUCACCGGAGCUAGCGCUGGCAAGUUUUUUUUUCUUUUAAGUAUAUAAUAUAUUAUAUUCUUUAUUUGUAACUUUUUAU